CCUGUUUUCAGUGUAUGUGCUUUAAACUUCAACCUUCUCUUGUGGUGGUUUUGGUUUCUUACUGAUCUUUUUCUUUAUCAUUCAUUCUUGUUUUAGCGUUUUUUUAUAAAUGUUACUUAGAAUGCAGAGCCCACACACUGUGUAGGCAAAUGGGAACUAUAUGGAACGCUUUUUCUUAAUGUAUAAAGCCUGAAUAUUGAAUAGGUUUUAUUAACAAUCAGAAUUGGAUAUUUCAAUUUUAUUUUGGAUUUGAUAGAGAAUUGUACUGAUUAGUUCAUUUUAUGUAAAGAAUGCUUUAUAGUCUGAUAAUACGUGUGUAAGGAUGUGCUGCUAUUUUAUUUAUAGUCAUAGAAAAGGUUUAGGAAACCGUUUUUGCUGAACAAUGAAGUACUGAGAAGCUGUGCUUCUGCCUGCUCUAGUGCUCUGCCAGUGUUGGGCGAACUGACUGAAUGGGAAGGAGUUAAAGCGAGACCCCCUUCUAGUUAUCUAGGAGGGAUCCUGGCAGGAUGUAGGAUUUUUUUUAUAAUACCCUCGGCAGGAUGAAAAAGAAGACGUCAGAGGACUUAGGUUGUUUUGAAAGUUGUUUGCAAGCUGGAAGCUGGUGGGAAAGUUCAGGCUUCCCCAUUUAGAAGAGACAGGCAGAGUUCCGUCCUUGUAGCAUGCAAUUUCCAUUUUUAGCAUUAAGACGUAGACAACGGCUUCUUCCUCUUCCUUUCCUUGUUUGUGACACUUUCCAAGGCAGUGAUCCCAAAAGGCACAAAGUCAUCUUGCUACCACAAUUUGUAGCAUUCUUAGAGAACAGAAGAUACAAGAAAUCAUGUUACAAUUUUCUUAAGGUUUCACAGGCUGCCACACAGCAAAAAGCAAUUGCAGGUUCUGAUACUCCCUGACAGGAGGAAACAUAGUAAACAAUGAAAAUGGAUAUGGAAGGAAUUGAUAUGACUUUAUGGUCAGAGCCUGAAUUUGAAGAAAAGUGCACAUAUAUUGUGAAGGAUCACUCUUCGGACAGCAGCUCAGAUGGAAGUAAUGUAGUUCAGGCACAAGCAUCUUUGCCCAGGAAUUUGCUUUUCAAAUAUGCCUCAGGAUGCAAAGAGGUGGUUGGAGUAGUCAGCAAAGAGUAUAUACCAAAAGGAACACGGUUUGGACCAUUUGUAGGGGAGAUCUACACAAAUGACACUGUUCCAAAGAAUGCCAACAGAAAAUAUUUUUGGCGGAUCUAUUCAAAUGGUGACUUUCAGCACUUCAUCGACGGUUACAAUGAAGAUAAGAGCAACUGGAUGCGCUAUGUCAACCCAGCACACUCUCUUCAGGAGCAAAACCUUGCCGCUUGCCAGAAUGGCAUGAACAUCUAUUUUUACACCAUUAAGCCUAUACCAGCCAAUCAGGAACUUCUGGUGUGGUAUUGCCGGGACUUUGCUGACAGACUUCACUAUCCUACUUCUGGAGAGCUUGUAGUGAAUCUCCAACAAAGCCUGAUCAUUACAGUGGAGAAAAAGAAAGAACUGAUCCCACAGAAAAAAACUCCAAAAAAGGAGCACAGUGUGAAAGAAAUCCUAAGGGAUACAACAAGCCACAUGAAACACAAAGACAAUCUACUGAGCUCUAUGUCUGCAAUCUCACCAGAAAAAGAAAAAGUGGGUGUACAUAAAAACUGUAGCCCUGAAAGGACUUUCUUCCCAAGGGUAGUUUACCCUUUCCACUCUCACAUUCAUGAAGACUAUUUAAAGGCAUCUGUAGGCUAUAACACGGACAGACAGAAUUAUCUGAUGCAUUCACCAAUUCAGUCAUCCACAACACCAAGUCCUUCAUCAAGAAGUAGCCCUGACCAAAGUUUCAAAAGCUCAAGUCCUCACAGUAGUCCUGGAUCGGCAGUUUCACCUCAUCAUCCAGUGCAAGAUCACAAAGAAUUUUAUCCAUUCAUUAACAGACCAUACAAUACUGAAGGUUUGGGGUCAUUUCCAACGUAUGCACCCCCAGCAAGUCACCUGCCACCAUUUGUAUCCUCUUAUAACUCAGCGUAUUCUAAAUAUUUAUUACCACCCUAUGGCAUUGGCUGUAAUGGACUCAAUUCAUUGAACAAUAUUAAUAAUUUCAGCCCCUUCUCAAGGAUGUAUCCAGUUUACAGCAGUAUGCUUGCAGGUGGAAGCCUCCCUCACCAUUUGCUAACUCACGCUGCCCUUCCUGGUUCUCUACCACAUGAGGGAGGACGUCGAUUUCUGCAACCUGAGUUGCCACGAGACUUUCUUAUUCCUGCACCCAAUAGUGCCUUCUCCAUCACAGGUGCUGCUGCGAGCAUGAAAGACAAACAGAGUAGUCCUACAAGUGGAUCACCAACUGCUGGAACAGCUGCAUCCUUAGAGCACAUAAUGCAACCUAACCCUACCUCAGCAGUGAUGUCCACAUGCAGUGAAGAAGCCAUCAAUCUCAUUAAGAGCAAAAGGAAUUCGACUGGUUAUAAGACUCUCCCAUACCCGCUGAAAAAGCAAAAUGGAAAGAUCAAAUAUGAAUGUAAUAUUUGCUCAAAAACAUUUGGACAACUCUCAAACCUUAAGGUGCAUCUUCGGGUACACAGUGGGGAGCGACCGUUUAAAUGCCAGACUUGCAAUAAAGGAUUCACUCAGCUGGCGCAUUUACAGAAGCACUUUUUGGUACACACAGGGGAGAAGCCUCAUGAAUGUCAGGUUUGUCAUAAACGGUUCAGCAGCACAAGCAAUCUUAAGACCCACUUACGACUGCACUCUGGAGAGAAGCCCUACCAGUGCAAACUUUGUCCUGCAAAGUUUACUCAAUUUGUUCAUCUCAAACUGCACAAACGCCUUCACACAAGAGAGAGACCACACAAAUGCAUUCAUUGCCACAAGAGCUACAUCCACCUGUGCAGCCUCAACUUCCACAUGAAAGGCAAUUGCCCUGUAUCUCCAAGACUGGGUUUGUCUAUGGAGGAUCUGAAUCGAAUCAAUGACGAAAUUGAAAAGUUUGACAUCAGUGACAGUGCAGACCAGUUAGAUGAUAUGGAAGAUAUGGACAUGUCUCCUGCUGUGGAGAAAGAAAUAAUGACUCUUCUCAGGAGAGAGAUAGAUGAAUCAAGCAUGAAAGUGUCUGUCUCAAGGAAUAUGGGCAAUGGACUUAUCACAUCCGGAUGCAACUUUUAUGACCGAUCUGAUGCAAUAGUAAUGAAGUUGCCUCAUAGCUCUCCACUACCUCUGUUACCUGUAAAGGUCAAACAAGAAUCCUUUGAUCAAAUGGACUCUUAACAGAAAGAAGAAUUAAGUGUUAUUUAUGGGGUCAGGAUACUCUUAGCAAUUAUUUGUAUAUAUUUAUGUAGCUAUGUCAUUGUGUUGGCCUGGGGAGGUAAAACUCUCUAAGAGCCCUAUUUGAAAAGAAGGAUCUCCGAGAUAACUAUUCUCAGGGCAUGGAAAAAGGCAGGGAAAUGUGUGUAUUGCCUACUCACUUAUUAAUUCUAUCACUGAAAGACAAUCAUUUAUCCAUAAUUAUAUGUCAUUGAAAUUAUUUCAUAAUUUAUUAUGCAAUUUAUCAUACUUAAAGCAAUAAUUAUCAAAUGUUUACAAUGAGGGGAAAAAAUCAUUGUAAUUUCAAUCUAUAUAUAUAUACAGUAUAUAUUUAUGUAUAUAUGUUUCAUGUGGCCAUUUAUGUAGAUAUUUUCUGCACAUAUAAGUUACAAAAGAAAAAAAGAAACAACAGAAAACCUAAGAUUUGACAAGUAUUUAUAGGAUCUGCAUACCAAAUGAACAAUUUUUGUUGCCAAAGCUGCACAUUAGACUUGUUGGAUCCGUAGCUUUUUUUUUUUUUCUUUACAAAAUGUAUUGAAGGUUUUGCCUUUUAAACCCCCCCUUUUUUCCAUCAAUGGCUUUAUUUAUUGAACACUUUUCUAAUAUAUUGGUCAGUAAUAAGUGGAAUUUGGUACCCCAGUGCACAACAUUGCACUUGUUAAAUGUCUAACGCCACACAGACAUACCACACAAGUCUGAAGUAAAAGGAAUGGGAUUUAUGUAUAUGCAAAAAUAAUGUAUUAAAUAAGUAAAAACCCUUAAAGAUUAUGCAGAAAGGGAGGGAACGUGAAAAUGCAGCCCAAUCCCAUGAGAGCCACCUCCAGUUAUGGAUAAUAUUCCAGUUGAAGACACGGGUAAUUUGUAUGUUACUGGCAUACUUAUCUCCCCUCCCCUUCUCUGUAUUUCUCCUUUCUUUUCUCUUUGUCUCUCGCUGAGUCAUUUCCUUCAGUAUUUAGUGUUUUGUACAUUUAUUUGAUGUGUUUAACUUAAAAGAAUAUGAAAAGGGCAUUCGACAAUUUACCUCAAUGCUUGUGUCCAGUGGUGCAGGAAACAAGUUGUUUCAACUACAAUUUUGUGAUUUCACAAAAAAACCAAAUAUGUGCAGACUGAAAACUGCAUACACUUUAUACUACUACUUCGCUUUUUAUGUUUCACUCCAAAGAUAUUCUGUUAGCUAUAGAUCAUGGCAAAGCAGAAUUCAAAGUAUAUAUAAAACCUAAGAAAUGGAUUCUCUGAUGCCUUCCUCUAAACCCAUGCCGAAAUAACCAGGAAAGGUACAAACUUUACAGCUUUAAAAGAUCCAUGUAGUCCACACGCAGGCCAUGGUCUGACUUUAUGUAGCAAGAUCUAAAGUAUUAAUGUAAUAUAUACCAAAGUAUCACUAAUGUGACUGGACACUUGCUCCCCUUACUUGUUGCCAGUAGUGCUUUUCUGUAUUCACUUCAAAGACUUUUUUAAUGUAUCAACUUUUUAAGACUUCACUAGAAUUUUAUUACAUGUGAAUGUAGCAAACAGUGGUUUCUCUCUCUCUUUUUAUUUUUACUUCUUAAGAAGAAAAUUCUGACCAAAGUUUAACAGGCUUUUUACAUUGCUAGAACAACAAAAAUUAUGUUUACAUAUUGGUUUACAAUGUUAUUUAUGUGCAAAUUGUCAAAAAAUGUAAAUUAAAUCUAAAUGUGCAUUUCUUUAUA